ACAUUCGUACACAAACAUACAUACAUAUAUGUACAUUACACUAUGCGAUUUUAGAAUUAAUGUAGUCCUAAGUUACAUCUGUCAUUAAAUUGAUUACAUAAUCUAUCAUAUAGAUCGCCUAUAGGCAACCUAUAGCAUAUAUUUAUAUUUUAAUUUAACCAAAUAUGUUACCAUGAAGAUUGAAAUUUGAGCACGACACUCUCCCAUCGCUAUCGAUAGUAGUACACUGUUAUCGAUAUCGAAAUGACUGCCGGCUUAUUAAACAGAUUCGAAAAACUUGCCUACUUUUGUGUUUAUAUUGCUUAUAUUGUUAUUGGAUUAUAUAAAAUCUAUGCGUUAAGGGAUCGUAUACUAAGCACGACUGACUUCCAAUUCGCUGAUGGCUGGAGGCUGCUCCAACGGGCUGACGUGGCCCCCAAGCGUGACGACAGUAAUGACGAAUUGGAGAACUUUGCUGAUUUCAUAGCCAAAUUUUGGCCUUUCUACCUGUUGCAUGCACUUGUGAGUGGUGUCUCGCGCUGGAAAUGGGCCCACUUGCGCCAGUUCGGACAUGUUGCAGUCUGCGCAUUGGCAAUCGUCCUCAAUAUGCAUUGGACAUCCAUGGCUAUGUUUGGGUCUCUGCUGGUCAGCUAUUAUCUGAUAACUCUGUACGCACGAUCAAAACUUGCGACUUGGCUGCUAACCGCUGCCUGGAUCGGGGUCCUUAACGUUGCCAAAAACAGCAAAUGGUGGCUGUCUCAAGUUGGAUAUGAAGAGUAUGUCUUGUUAAUAGUUACCCUCUCCUGGAGUUUGUUACGUGGCUGCAGCUACUCCUUUACUGCGACUGGCUCGAAAAAUCUAUUUGAGUACCUGGCCUAUACCAUGUACUUUCCUUGCCUCACCUAUGGACCGUUCAUUAGCUUUGAGCGCUUCAAGCAGCAACCCACGGGCAAAGAUCUGUCUCCGAACUGGAGCUUCUUUGUAGCUCUGCUGCGCGUUGUCUUUUGGUGGCUGGUCAUGCAGUGGUCCCUGCACUACUUCUACAUCAACUACAUGUCACGGGAUGUGCGCGCGGUGGUUAUGAUGGAGUCGGUAUUUUGGCAGCAUGCCGCCGGCUACUUCAUGGGGCAGUUCUUUUUUAUAUUCUAUGUGAUUACCUAUGGACUGGGAAUUGCGUUUGCCGAGUAUGAUGACAUUGCGGCACCAAGGCGACCACGCUGUAUUGGACGCAUUCAUUUUUACUCGGACAUGUGGAAGUACUUUGACGAGGGACUCUAUGAGUUUCUCUUUAAGCACAUUUACGCUGAGUUGUGCGGCCGGAAGUCGUCCCCAGCUGCGAAGCUUUGUGCCACAGCACUGACUUUUUCAUUUGUAUUCAUCUGGCAUGGCUGCUACACUUAUGUACUGAUUUGGAGCGUACUUAAUUUUGUUUGCCUGGCCGCGGAAAAGCUCUACAAGACAUUUGUGUCGAAGCCUGCCUAUCAAAAUUGGUCACUCAAUCACUUUGGGUCUGCUGGCGCACAAAGAUUGCAUGCGAUUCUUGCCACCCAACUGUUUAUACCCGCUGCCUUCUCCAACGUUUACUUCAUUGCCGGUCAGGAAGUCGGCGGAUUUCUAAUGCGCGGCGCCUACUUAAGCGGCAUAGGCAACUACUUGGCAUUGAGCUUUUGCAGCUACUGCUUCUUCCAAUGCUCAGAGGUCCUGCUGACCAGGUCCUCCAAGGACAAAAUGAAAGCAACUUAGAUUUCUAAUUAGAUGUAUAAGACUGUAUUAAACGUCAACUAUUGUAUUGUUU